CGGGGGUUCGUGGUGAAUUCGGUGCAUGGUGCUUCGCGCGUCAUGGUUCGUGAAUCAGUGGCCCAUGCUGCUUGGUGCUCCGCGCUCCGUGCUUAGUGCUUUGGUGCUUCUCACACUUUGUGAGUUGGUGCUUUCGGGAAUCGGUGCUGCGUGGAUCGGUGGUUCGCGCGCGCGUGGAUCGUGAGUUCCUGCUAAGUGCUCCGACGUGAGCUUCGACGUCGUGAAUUCGUGCUAGAGAAAUGCUCCAAGAUGCACGUCCAGCAUUAUGGCGCACAUGGCAAAACAACUGCCGACAACUCCCCCAGGGAAUAGCAUUUGCGGAGCGCGGAGUGGAUGCUGAUUACUUCAUGCAUACAUUACGAGGGCAUUGGAUGCUGAUUAAUUCAUUCAUACAUUACUAGGCCUGCUUAAAUACAUUGGCACUCUUAUAAUUGAAGGCGACUUCCCACAACUCCCUCCAGCCAAUUCUCAACCACACCAUCUCGACCAACUGAACUGAGACUCUCACACACACUCCCACGUGUACGCACUUGCACACACACACACACACACACACACACACGCACACACACUCUCUCUCACACAUAGAGAGUCAAAACUCGGCAAGUAAGCGCAUGACAUAUUUAUCACGAACAUACUGAGGAAACACAGCAAACAGACUUCGAAUAAGAAUCUUGAGCAAACAGAUUAAAGGGACAGCAUAAAUUGUUAUCAGAAAUCAGAAAAGUGUUUAAGCUUCUGUCCUGCAACUGUGUUUUGGUGAUUUCACACAGUGCAAAACAAAAACCAAUGCUGAGAAGGUAACAGCUUCCCAAAGAAAAGGAUCACAGUAAAAGAAAAAAGGUUGGGUGGUAUUCCCUACUGUUUUCUUGCAAGCGAGGCUGCAACAGGUCAUCUAGUUCCUAUUUGAUUUGGAGUAAAAUUGUUUGGUUCCCCCCUCCCCUGUCCCCUCCCCCCUGGCCAAAGAAGAAGAAGAAGAAGAAGAAGAAGAAGAAGAAGGGGGCCUAAAGGUAGAGCAGCAAAGUAGUCCACGGCUGGAAGGACUAUCAAUGGAGUGUUGUAUAGGUAUAGCUAUGGCGUCUUACUCAACUAUGCGGCCUUCAGUGUUAGCCUCGCUGUCCUUUCCUCCAUCGCCUUCGUCAUGUUGCACGAAUGUGGAGCCCUGUGGCGCCAAUGUGGCGUUCUCUAAACUCAGCGAGCGCGGCGCUCACCACACCUGUACAUCUCAUCACCACCUCCCCACCUCUGCUCGUUCCGCUACAAGCAUGCCUUUUUCAGUUGCGUGCGUGAGGGAGGCUAGAGGAGGAGCGGGUGUCGGUGUUGGGCCAGCAACGAGUGUUUACAGAAAACGCUGGCUCAAGACGACCGAUCAUUAUCUUGUGACAGAAGCUCGUCGGUCAGCUGGCGAUGCCGCUGUGUCUCCAUCGCCCCCGAUUCGGAAACAGGUGGCGGAUUCUCAUUCGGCCUCAUUGCGGCGAUCGGUCUGCGGAUCGAGUCCACUCCACGCGUUGGAUUGUGACUGUGACCGGACUCGAACAAGAACGCUUAUGCUUCCGUCCACGUCCCUUCGUGUUUGCAGGGGACACUUGCCACCGAUGGCGACAGGACGAUCAGCAGCCCGACCUUGGGAGGUAGAUGUGGAAGGAAUGAGCUGCCAGAGAGAAACACUAGUGCCAUCACCGGAGUGGGAGUCGGUGCAUCAUCGACGAGUUGCACGGCGGCGGACACAACUGAAGGCGACGACAGGAAGAGGGGAAAGGGGAGCACUACAGGGCGGGGAAGAAGAAGAAGACAAAGUUGAUAAGAGUAAAGGUGAUGGAGGACACGCAGAGCGAACAGAGGGCAGUGGAGCUGGAGCCAGCAAAGACACGAAGGGCGCCGGGUUGUCUUGGAUCAGCCCUGAUUGGUUGACGUCUCUUGUUCAAGGGGGCAUGGGCACGCUGCGCGGUCCUGACCAGUCUGGGAUCCCAGUGGCCAAUGCGAAAUUGGAUGACGUGCGCGACCUUCUGGGUGGCGCCCUGUUCCUUCCCCUUUUCAAAUGGAUGCUCGAAUCUGGUUCUGUCUAUCGUCUGGCGGCUGGGCCAAGAAACUUCGUUGUCAUCGGAGACCCUCAGGCUGCUAAGCACGUACUGCGCAAUUACGGAAAAUACAAGAAGGGUUUGGUGUCUGAGGUGGCUGAGUUCCUAUUUGGCUCGGGGUUUGCAAUAGCAGAAGGAGAGAUCUGGACAGUGAGGCGCAGAGCGGUGGCCCCUUCCUUGCACAAGGAAUACCUGGAGACUAUGGUGGAUAGAGUAUUCGGCGCGUGCGUGGACCGACUGGUUCAGAAGCUGGACCAAGCUGCGCUGGAACGACGAGCGGUAGAUGUGGAGUCCUGCUUCUCCCAACUCACUUUGGACGUCAUUGGGAAAGCCGUGUUCAACUUUGACUUUGACUCUUUGCAGCGAGACAGCCCUGUCAUUCAGGCUGUGUACACAGCUCUCAAGGAGACCGAGUCCCGCUCCACUGACAUCCUUCCCUACUGGCAAAUCCCCCUCCUGUGCCAAUUGGUCCCAAGGCAAAGGAAGGCAGCCGCCGCGGUUGCACUUAUUCGUGCCACGGUGGAAGAGCUCAUUGCCAAAUGCAAAGCUAUGGUGGACAAGGAAGAACAAGAACAAGGACAAGUCAAUAAUGUGGACAACGAUUAUGUCAAUGAAAGUGACCCGAGCGUACUUCGGUUUCUGCUCCAGAGUCGCGAGGAGGUGUCAAGCCAGCAGCUCAGAGAUGACCUCCUCUCCAUGCUCGUCGCAGGCCACGAAACCACGGGUUCUGUUCUGACGUGGACCGUCUAUCUUCUGGUUAAGAACCCUGCCGCCAUGGCUAAGGUCAAGGAGGAACUAGAUAAUGUUCUUGCGGGUCGACGAAAACCCACUCUGGAGGACACCAAGUCUCUGAAGUACUUGAUAAGAUGCAUCAAUGAGUCCAUGAGGCUUUAUCCCCACCCCCCGAUCCUGAUACGGCGGGCAAACGAGCCCGACGUUUUGCCCGGAGGUUACCGUGUGGGUGCAGGGCAAGACAUCAUGAUCUCCGUUUACAAUAUCCACCACUCCCCCCAGGUGUGGGACAAGCCAGAGGAGUUCAUCCCGGAGAGGUUUGACUUGGAUGGGCCAGUUCCGAAUGAGACGAACACCGAUUUCCGGUACAUCCCAUUUAGUGGGGGGCCUCGAAAGUGUGUAGGGGACCAGUUUGCUAUGCUAGAGGUCAUUGUGUCCCUGGCGAUCAUUUUCCAAAACUUCGACUUUGAGCUUGUGCCCAACCAAACCAUAGGCAUGACAACAGGAGCGACCAUCCACACAAGUACCGGACUUUACAUGACAAUGAAGAGGAGGGAACGAGCGGCAGCAUGCGCUGCUUCGGAGUUUGUGCUUGUGUGACAUGAUGUGCAAGAGGAGAGAGGGGAGCAGCCUGGUAGUAAUUUGCGUGAUUCAUAGUCCAAACUUCCCACCAUAUUUAUUUGUACAUUUUUUCUUUCUUUUUUUUGCUUUUUUUAACUUGAUAUUGUAUUCCUUUGAUACGUAUAUACAUACAAAGAGAUAGGAGAGGUCUUUCUCAUGCAUCCUAUAAUUCACCCUUGCCCCCCUCCCCCCCCGGCCGGAAGAGGUAGGGCAGAGGGAGGAGGAGGUGGGGAAGGAUCACGCGGCGUGCACAAAAUCUGGACAUAGCGGAACGAGGACGCGGCACAGCUUACAGGGAGGACGAGGAGCUGUCGGAGGAGGAGGUGGCAAAGGAUAAUGGGGACGAGGAGGGCACGGUGGCGAGUGGCUCCGAAGGACAUGGCAAUGGGGUGUGCAUUGGAGGAAGAGAAGGUGGCGGAGGUGGCGGAAGAGGGGGCAAAUCACAGAGGUUUAUCAAAGAAGAGGGAGAAGUGGCGAAAUCGCCCAUAGAUGAGGUCACCACGAUCCGGUCAGGCAUGCGGAACCUUAGCUCAAUCAAUCAACACCAAAAAAAAAGAAGAGCUCGCCAACACAUGCAUCAGCUUGGCUCGUUGUCCAUGAACAAAGCUCAGCAGUUGAC